UCCUCUACCUCAAAAGAUCUCGUUCCCUCUCGCGCUCGCUCUCUCGCUCUCUCUCUCUCAAGAUCUCGAUUCUCUCCCAUGGCGUCCACUUCUUUCUUAAGUGGCCAAGCGUCAAGCAUUCUCGUUUCAAGUAACACGAAAAGCCCUAGCUUUGCCUUGUCUUCCUCGUGCCAACUGAAAGCCACACCAUUGCUAUUAUGGUCUUAUAACAGAAAAACUCUAAUGAGGAAGCCUCUUUGCGUAUUUAAUCUAUUUGGAGGAAAGAAGGACCAGAGUGAGAACAGUGAUGAGACACCAUCAAAGGCAGGUAUGUUUGGAAAUAUGCAGAAUUUAUAUGAAACUGUUAAGAAGGCGCAAAAUGUGGUCCAAGUUGAAGCGGUUCGCGUACAAAAAGAACUAGAAGCAGCUGAGUUUGAUGGUUAUUGUGAAGGCGAGCUAAUCAGGGUUACACUUUCUGGAAACCAACAACCCUUACGCACUGAAAUUACUGAGGCUGCCAUGGAGCUGGGACCUGAGAAGGUCUCAUUGCUGGUAACUGAAGCCUACAAGGAUGCUCAUCAGAAGAGCGUAAAGGCUAUGAAAGAGAGGAUGAGCAAUCUCGCGCAGAGCCUGGGAAUGCCACCGGGCAUGAGCUGAGGAAUCGACACCAUAUCAUUCUUGUAAUCUAUGCACUUCAAUUUUGUAAAACUAGAAAUAAGCGUUGUGACCAGACUCAAAAUUACGGAAUAAAAAUUCUAUGCCUAGUCGUUUUAUUGUAUCAAUUAAUUAUGGGCAUAAUU